UCGGAUCCGGAAGUGGACGUUGAUCUCUUCUCUGGAGCUCUGUAUUCCUCUCAAAUCAGAACUCAGGAAAAAUAUUAUUUGCUUUCUAGCUAAAUAAAAUAAAGAAAGUCACUUUGCAAUUGCACCUUAGCGUUUCCAGGGAUGGGCUCUAAAGAUCUGAAACUCAUGGAUGUGUUUUCAUACGAGAGUCUCGUGCACGCAGUCGCCGGUGCGAUGGUAAAAACACAGCUUUUCAUCACAACUGGCAGUGUAACAGCAAUGACUGUUUUCUUUCCUCUUGACACAGCCCGGCUCAGACUGCAAGUUGACGAGAAGCGGAAAGCCAAAUCUACCCCAGCCAUAUUGUCUGAGAUCAUCAAGGAGGAGGGUCUGUUAGCUCCAUAUAGAGGCUGGUUUCCAGUGAUCUGCAGCCUUUGUUGCUCAAACUUCGUCUACUUCUAUUGUUUCCAUAGUCUGAAGGCCACCUGGCUGCAAGGUCAGAGGUCAACACCAGGACGAGAUCUCAUUUUUGGCAUUGCUGCAGGUGUAGUAAAUGUUCUCGUGACCACUCCGCUCUGGGUGGUGAAUACCAGACUGAAACUGCAGGGGGCGAAAUUCAGAAAUGAAGACAUACAGCCCACACACUACAACGGAAUUAUUGAUGCGUUUGUACAGAUCAUGCAGCAGGAAGGAGUGGGUGCGUUAUGGAACGGGACGUUUCCCUCCCUGCUGCUGGUGCUCAAUCCAGCCGUGCAGUUCAUGAUCUACGAGGGUCUGAAGAGGCAGCUCAUGAGGGGCGUCCACAGAGAGCUCUCCUCAGUGGAGGUGUUUCUUAUUGGAGCCAUUGCCAAGGCCGUUGCAACCACCAUAACAUACCCUCUACAGACAGUUCAAUCUGUUCUACGGUUUGGACAGCAUGGGCAGCCCGCAGAUCAGUCCAAACUCCUGAACAGCCUGAGAUCUGUUAUGUUUCUGCUGAUCAAUAGAGUCAGGAAGUGGGGUGUGCUGGGAUUGUUUAAAGGCCUGGAGGCGAAGCUGCUUCAGACGGUCCUAACUGCCGCACUCAUGUUCUUACUGUACGAGAAGAUCGCCAACAGCACCUUCAGGGUCAUGGGCUUCAGAGCACAGUGACGGCCCACUGACCUCUCACAGGAUGAUUAUUAGCUCACCGAUGUCAUAGGAACUGAGUAUACCUGUGUUAUGAAAAAUAGUCAAUUGAUAUGUUUUUAUUUAAUUUUUUAUAUAUAUAUAUAUAUAUUAUAUAUAUAUAUAUAUAUAUAUAUAUAUAUAUAUAUAUAUAUAAAAAUACACACAAUGGACAGGAACACUCAAAAGUUUAGACACACUUGACUCAGUUUGUGUUCCUCGUGAUCUUUAAAACAUUUUGAUCUAUAGGCUUCAGUAAUUGUAAUAAAAUAUAAAUAUUAAAAUAUAAAUAAUAUAUAUAAUAUAAAUAAUCAAAUAAAAUAUAAAUAUUAGGGGGGAAAUUAAAACGAAAAUUUUUGGCAGCUAACUAAGCUAAAUAAUUAAGUUUAACUAAAUAAACUAAAUAAUAAUUAUUAAAACUAAAAAGCUACACAGAAAAAAAAACACUUAAACUAAUAUUAGAAUGAAGACUAAAAAUAUAAAACAAUAGCUAAUUUAAAAUAUUAAUAAUGCUUUAUUAGUAUAUACAUAAUAUUCUGAUUCAUAGAUUGCAAGGUUUACAGUAUAAAAUGUGGGUAUUUCAAUGAUGAUCAUUUGUGUUAUUUCAUAGUUGAGUGACUUUAUUAGUAUUCAGGAAUUCUUAAGAAAAUACUAAGAGUAAGUGUGUCCAAACUUUUGAUUGAAAAUAUUAAUAAAUUAUCACAAAUAAGAUGUAUGCAAUAGUACUGUAAUCAGUCCCACUUAUAAAAAUAAUUAUUGCAAUAUGUGCUCUUUAAUGCUAAAUUGCCUCAAUAGGUCAAUACCUUGGUCAGUGUUUCAUGUAGAUUUUUAAAGAAUAUUUCAUUUAAAAUAUGAACUGAUUGUUUUUAUGAAUACCAACAAAUCUGGACUGCUUUACAUAAUAGUGUCAAAAAGAAAAUGAUGCAUGUGACGGAUCUGUUUUGUAAGAUCAUUGCUGUCAACACUGGAGCCUGCUCUUAGAUCUGCCUUCCUACAUUAAUACAGUUUACUGUACGAAAACAACUUCCAGACUAGUGUUGGUGGUACUUGAUUUCACUUGACAACACAAAGCCACUGAGACUGUAACAGACCUUCAACCUAAAAUGUUUACAGUCUGGACAUGAAAAUAACUUUUUUUUCUUCUUCAAUCUUUCUUGAUAAGGGACUGUAGAAUAACUAGUUAGUCAUCCAAACUGAAUUUUAGAUAGUAAAAUCAUUUCUCUCUCAGCACUGAUGUUCACACUGUAUGAGAAUGCAUACAGUUACAGUUAUGUAUGAAUGUAAAAUGUGAAUGUUUAUUAUUGAAUGUCAAUGAUUCUAUUGACAUUAAUAAAAAUAUUUAUUAAUAAUCAC